CUCUUGGGGGAACCGGGAGUAGAGAUGGUGUCGACAGGAAGCCCGUGGUCCCGGGUUUCCCGAGUGGGCAGUCAUUAAACAUGGAAUCGGCUCCACAGCUGGCAAAGCGUUGGAGGGCUACACUCUAGCCGGGAGGAUGAAAGGCCUCAGCUGGGAGCUCCCUGCCACCAGCACUGGGUCCUAAGAGCUGCCAUCCAGGCUGGCCGCCCGGAUGGCGACCCCAGCCUCAACCCCAGACACACGGGCUCUAGUGGCUGACUUUGUAGGGUAUAAGCUGAGGCAGAAGGGUUAUGUCUGUGGAGCUGGCCCUGGGGAAGGCCCAGCAGCCGACCCUCUGCACCAAGCCAUGCGGGCUGCUGGAGACGAGUUUGAGACCCGCUUCCGGCGCACCUUCUCUGACCUGGCUGCUCAGCUACAUGUGACCCCAGGCUCAGCCCAGCAACGCUUCACCCAGGUUUCCGACGAACUUUUCCAAGGGGGCCCUAACUGGGGCCGUCUUGUGGCAUUCUUUGUCUUUGGGGCUGCCCUGUGUGCUGAGAGUGUCAACAAAGAAAUGGAGCCAUUGGUGGGACAAGUGCAGGAUUGGAUGGUGGCCUACCUGGAGACACGCCUGGCUGACUGGAUCCACAGCAGUGGGGGCUGGGCGGAGUUCACAGCUCUAUACGGGGACGGGGCCCUGGAGGAGGCACGGCGUCUGCGGGAGGGGAACUGGGCAUCAGUGAGGACAGUGCUGACGGGGGCUGUGGCACUGGGGGCCCUUGUAACUGUAGGGGCCUUUUUUGCUAGCAAGUGAGAAAGUCUAGGGCCAGGUGGGGCUAGGUGUGGCUAGGGGCCAGGAGAGCUGGAACAGUAGAGAAUGCCCUUGGAAGAAAUUGGAUGGUCACGGAACAGAGAAAGGCAAGGGAAGGUAGUGUGUGCGUGGGAGCCAAGCAUGCCAGGCAGGUGGCAGGGAGAAUGAGUUGGAAACAUUAAAGAAUGUUUCAAGGCCAGGAACCCAGAGGGUGGAGUCAUACCACGGCUUGGGGGGAGGUGGGAGGAAUCAUGUCCAUAUCGGUGGCACACAGCUACCCGGAACAUGGCUUGUAGCUCCAAGGACGGUGAACUUACUUAAAAGAUCUGCAUGUCUAAUAGAUGAAUGGGAUUUAGGGAGCCUAGAAUUCACCUCCCUUUGGAAUGGAAGCUUGGUGAUCAGGUGACUGGAUGAAAUGGCUGUGGGCUGCAUGGGCACACCUAUGCAUGUGCACAUGCAGGCAUACUCAUACAUGCAGGCAUGCUCAUACAUGCAGGCAUGCCCAUGUGCAUGCUGGGCUGUUUGUCCAAUCUGGUGAUGGGGUACUUCAAGAAAACAUUCCUUCUUGCUGUGGCAAGAACAAGGGCCAGUUCACUGCCCUUUUCCCCUCUGCCCCUUCCCUUUACCUCACGCCUCCAGGCUGAGGGAGGAACACUGCAUCUAGACUAGGACUCUGGUACUGCUGACAGUUGUUGGCUUUGGAGAGAAGAGCUCUGCAGCUGGCCUUGCUCUUCAUCAUCCCCCUCUUGUGUGCAUCUUUGCACCUGGGCUGACAAAGGAUAAGCCUGUGGUGUCUGGGUGGGUAGAAGCUGUGGUAGUUGGACUUGUCUGUCACCUUCCCCUCCAAUGGUGGCAUAAGGGUGCCUAAAGUGUUGCCUGUAGGACCCCUCUGUCCAGCUGAAACUCUAAAUUGGGGCUCUGAUUUUCCUUUAGAAGAUUACAGACAUAAAUGCUGACUUAGAAUUCAGUUUAGUUCCUGAACUGUCUCAGUGAGAGGACCAUUCCAGCUCUUGAGUCCCUUGGGAGUGCUGGGGACAGGUACUCCUUGACUGGCCUGUUCUGUGUGGUGGGUUUUGGUGCUGUUUAUCAGGGGCCAGGCAUAUGGGUUCUAGAGUACCUGCCAUGACCUAACAUGUUUUCUUUUGAAGCCAUGCUCUUUGCAUAGGUUAUGUUGUUAACACUUGAGUCGCUAAAGAUGGUCACAAUAGAACUCACAGUCCAGUCCUCUAGAACAAAUCCAGACUCUAGCUUUUUCUUUUGAGGGAGAAAUUACUCACUCCAAAUGCAUGCCCUGAGCCAGACCUCACUGCUGCACUUUCCAAGGUGCUACCUUUGCUGCUCUUCAAUGCUGACUUUGUUCCCAGUGCUCUAGAACCCUACCUGCCUGUCCUGAGCACUGACCAGCUUGGCUAGGCCACAGCCGACUCGCCUCUUCACUUGGUCCUAGAAUGUGGCAUCAUAUUGUGCUUGCUAAUGUGGGACCAAAUUGGCCUCAGGUGUUUUAGUCCAGACGUUUGCUUUUGAGAGAAGGUUGCACUUUUUAAUAGUGUCUAUGGGGGAUGUGGGAGACUGCAUGUGCCAGUUGGUCUGUUUUGAGGGUGAUGAUCUAAGAAACUCAGAGCUGUGUGUGGCAAGCAGUUGGAGUGGGAGGCUCUGACUUGCUCAGGACAAACUAGGCCAGUGGUUUUCAAACUGCUUGGCAGAGCCCCGAAGUGUCCUAGGGGUUGCCUCAGGAGUCCUUAGGGAGAUGAGGGAGUGGAGGGCUGGGCAGUUUGCCCUCAAACAGAACAGCUCCCCUUGUAGCUGUUUUAUGUAUCGGGGUUCAGGGUAAGAUUUAUUUGUGGUAAGGGCUUUGCUGCUGAAAAAAAGUUAGAAAACCACUGACUAGACCAUCAGCUCCAUCUGGAGCCUGUGCUCCUCCGAGUUCAGGGAAGACUCUCUGCUCUACCCUUCCCACGGGACACCUACCCAAAUUAGCAUUCCUGGGGCCCUUUAGCAAACAGGAGCAGCAGGGACCAGGGUCAGGUUACCAACAUGCUCUGCUCUCAAGCCUUUACAAGGGGUGGAAGGAGAGGCUGUGUUAUGAUAGGCUAAAGGGUUGGUCUUGGUCUGGAUUCCCAGAAGCUUAGCUUAAAUGGGACCACCGUGGGGAGAUGUGACCUGUUCUGCCCUUAGUUUUAAGGGCCAGUGGAAACCCAGAGACUCUUCUGUCAGGGAAAACCAGGGACUCUUUUAGAGCCAUAUAGUUCCUUGGGAUUAACUCUUGGCCAAGAAGGCUGAAUAUGGCUCCCAACUUUUAAAUCCAUUUCAUUUUUUUAAAUGAGGGAAAUGGAUAUAAUUUUUCAGAUAUUAAGUAGGUGGAGAGGAUGUUCUUGCUCUCCAAAGCCCAAAGGGACAAAUAGGGACUUUGCUUAGGCCAAGACAAGAGCGGAAGUGGGGCACUCAGUGCUGCAGUUAUCAAUCCUAUGCCCCACUUACACUAGGGCAUACAUAUACUGUUUUACUUUUUUAAAUCAUAAACGGCAGGAGAACAGAUUUGGUUAGUUUAGAAGAAGAGAAAAAGCUCUAUAAAUAUAAAUAUAUAUUCCUGUAUUUUUAUUUAAUAAUUUAUAAAUGCCAAGUUCAUUUGACUUUUAUUUUUGUGUAAUAUGUAAUGGUCGUAUUAAAAAUAAAUAAAUAAAGCCCAGAAAUUUAUUGAGAAGUACUGAACAGGGUUUUGUGACUUCUAUACCGUACAGCCUGGGUUUUAGAACUUUCCUGAAACCAGUCAUUUCUUAUGACCAUGACCUUGGUAAGGAAAAUAAUUUGAGUUAUAGGGAUUUGUGAAAGAAAGUAUAGAGGUUAAAAAAAAAAUCGCUCCCACCCCACCCCUGGCCAAAUACCCAAACCUAACAACUCUAUACCAACUCCAGCCUCAAAAAGGUGUAGGCACAUAUGGUACAUCUGGAGUCCCCUACACACAACAACCCCCUCCUCAAAUAUUCUACUUGGUGUGGUGGCAAAUAACUGCAAUCUCAGUAGUCAGGUAGAGAUAAGAAGACAGGCUACCCAGGUAUAUGGUGAGGUCAAGGCCAGCUAAGGCUUCUUAAGACCUUGUCUCUAAACAAAUUAAUAGAAAACAAAAGGGUAAUUAAUGCAUGGAGGUUGUUCUUAAGUAUUUAUCUCAAAUAUAAAAGCUAGGCUGUGAACUCAGCUAUGAGUUUCUUGGCAACCAAAGCAAUCUGGAAAACAGUGAAAUUCAAAGCUACCUAGUUACUCAGAAGGCAGAGUUUCCUGAAAAGAUACUUAGUUGACAGAAUUGAAAUAGUUUAUAUCUUGUCCUUUUAGAACUACCAAGUGGGGAUCCAGAAGGCCUUGGGUUUGUCUUAUCAGCCUCAUUAUAAUUUGGGCUAAUAUGUUACUUUAUAAUGAUCUGAUUACUAAGUUUUAGAUUGUCCAAAGGGGCAGAUGACUGAUUUCUUUAUAUAGUUCUGUGUAAAUGCAACUCAUCCAGAUGGCACUUUUAAUAAAGUUGGCAACACUUAGUUACACUUUCUGACCACUGUGGGAGUAGACAGGUUGGGUUGGGGUAGUUCUUGCUUAUGCUGUAAAUCUCUUGCACUUCAGGAACAAGGACUUUAAGUGUAGAUCUAGUCAGCUUCAAGCCAGACCUGGCUGCAAAGUAAGACUCAGUGUCAGGAGAAAGAACAAAACUGAAACCCUACAGUUUCUUGCAAUUGGGUAGAUCAUAGAUAUUCUUCAUCAAGUUUCUUUGUUUGCUUUUUCUUCCAUUUUUUGAAAUAGGAUUUUGCUUGUAGCCUACUCUGGCCUCAGACUCAGAUUCCAGGUAUGUGACAUCGGGUCUGGCUGAAUUUUUUGAAAAUUUAAAAACACCCUCAAAUGUGGUUAUGGGGACAAACCAUAAAAUAAUAACUAAUCAAUAACCAAUUAAUAAAAAAACAACCCAAAGCUGAA